AUGGUGUACGCCGAUAAGGGAAAUGGGGCUAAAUGGAGUUUCUCCACGCUCGAACCCUGGAUGCUGGAAACCAUGACAAUCGAGUCAUGCGUGGAAGAUUUGCACCUCACCACUGACCCUCUAAUCAUAUCCGUUGCGGUAGGUGAUUAUAAUAUGAGGAGAAUCCUGGUAGACACCGGGAGUUCCGAAGACAUCAUCUACGAGCAUUGCUUCAAUAGAAUGCAACCAGAAGACAGAAGACUACUUGAGUCAGUACACGCCCCUAUUAAAGGCUUCAUCGGAGAAAAGGUCGAUCCAAUUGGUCAGAUUACUUUCCCAGUUACAUUCGGAUGCCAUAUUCUCUACAGCGCGGGGGUUCAUGAAGUUCUCAACCCCGCGGGGUAUAACAAUGGUAUAUCGGGACAAACUGGGAGAAGUAUCGGACACCAAAAGAUAGGGCCUACCAGCGCUAUUGGCCCAAAAAGGUGGGUACUAAGCACACACCAUCCAGAGCAAACAGUGACAAUAGGGGACAGUCUUUCCCCUGAAGUUAAAAACAACCUAAAACAGUUGUUAAGAAGGAAUGCCAACAUCUUUGCUUUUGAGCACUCUGAUAUGACGGGGAUACCCCGGGAUAAGGCAGAGCACAAGUUAGCCACACUCCCGGGCAUUAAACCGGCCACACACGGUAAACGGAGCAUGGCUCCUGACCGAAAAGCAGCGGUAGUUAAAGAAGUAUGA